AAACACUCGGGGAAGGGGAAGGGAGAGAUUCCUUUUUCCUAACCCCACGUUUUCCAUCACUCCAAAACUUCACUCUCUUUCCUCACAUGAACAACUGUUGUGUUGACCGUGAAAAUAAUUCUGUAUCUGCACGACUAACGCGUGGCAGCAUAAAAAUUCAGAGUCAACGACAGCUGCUUGCCACAGGGAAUUAUUCACAAUAUGGCAGAGCGAAGGAGAAACAAAAAGCGUAAAGACGAAGCUCCAGGUGGUAAAUCAUCAGCGGACAAGCCAAGCAAGGAUGAGUACGCAGUGGCCAAGUGGAUCCGGGAGAAUGUACCCUCGAAGAAGACUAAAUUCGUCAGUCACAACGUGGAAUACUUCACUGGUUCGCGUGCUGUCACUGCCCUCCUGGAGACCUCCCCCUGGAACAAAACGUUAUUCGAGACGAGGGAGCACGUGGUGGACUUCCUGGAUACGAUGCUGAGACACAAGUUCUUCCACAGGGCUAAGAAAAUAGCUCUUACCGAGGAGGAGCUCAACAAACGUCGAGCCAUGAAGAAAAAAGGAAAAGAUUGUUGCACAAAAGAAAAGGAAAAGGAAAAAGAAAAGGAAAAAGAAAAGGAAAAAGAAAAGGAAAAGGAAAAAGAAAAGGAAAAAGAAAAGGAAAAAGAAAAGGAAAAGGAAAAGGAGAAAGAUAAAGACAAGGACAAGGACAAGGACAAGGAAAAGGAAAAGGAUAAAGAGACUACAGAGGACAAAGAAGAAGAGACCAAGGAGAAAGAACCCAAGAAAGGAGCUAAAGUGCGACUCGAAAUGCACAUGGAGCAGUAUUUCGUUGACUGCAAUGACGCCUACGUCUGGAUCUACGAACCCAUCCCCGUGUACUACUGGUUCUUCGGCACUCUAGUUGUCCUCGGGGCAAUCGCCGUCUGUCUCUUCCCACUCUGGCCCCUCACAAUACGAAAUGGUGUUUAUUAUCUCAGUGUUGCAGCUGCUGGUUUCUUCGUAUUUAUUCUAGCAUUAGCUCUGCUACGAGUCGUUGUCUUCUGCAUCCUCUGGGUAAUCACCUUCGGUAGACAUCACUUCUGGCUUCUACCGAAUCUCGCUGAGGACGUCGGCUUCUUCGCAUCUUUCUGGCCCCUUUAUCAGUAUGAGUACUGCGGACCUGGGAGUGAUAAGAAGAACAAAAAGAAGAAGAGGAGGAAAGAGAAGGACUCGGAUGGCGAGGAGGGAGCUAAUCAGGGAACUGAGGAGAAACCUCUGCUCCCACAGGAGCCCCAGGAUCAGGAGUCCGAGGAAAAGGACGAGGCAAGUGGUGAGGAAGGAUCAGAGAGUGAAAAAUCCAAUACUGGUAAAGACUUUGAAAUGGUACAGCAUCCAGAGCUCGAGGAGAAGUAGAUUCCCCAGGUCAGCCAUUACAUCUCGCUUUUACAGACUUUUUGACGAGUCCCAGCGGUGAAAUUCAGUUUCAAAAUUGAAUUGUUGGGUACGAAAAAUUCAAGUGGCGACUACUCGUCAACUCAUCUCUGCUCUAUACUGCAUUUAUAAUAGAGCAAUCUAUAAAAAUUGGGGUUUUGCAGGAAAAUCUAACAAAAACUGAAUUUUUAUUCGUUUUGGAAAUUUCUACAAGCACUGGAAAAAACCUUGAACAAUUAUUUUUGAAAACAUUUUCUUUCCUCGUACGAUCGAUUUAAAAACACGAUGAAAAAAUAAAAAAUGUUAAAUUCCACUUUAAAUUAUUAUUUUUUUUAUUAAUAUUGCACUGAAAUGCCCAUAAAAAAAUUACUGCAAGACCUCAAUUGUAAUCAAUAAAUUUUAAAAAUUCUUUAUCGAAUGUGCAUUGAAGAAGAGAAUGUCUGAGCAAUUUAUGGUAAUUUUUAAAUUGUGGGUAGGUGCAUUAAAUGAAUUUAUUAUGAGAAAUAA